CUGAUAGAUAACCCAAGCGCUCCACUCUGCGUACUGUCACCUAUACUUUCUUUGUAUGUGCUGGGAGACGGAGAGUGGGUGAAUGCAGUGGAUGGGAACGUCUCCAAGCUUCCAUGGAUCCGGCCAGCUAUGAAAUACUGCACCAGGCUUUCAGCAUCAUACUGGCGUUGGUGGUCGUUGCUGGAAAUUUUCUACUGUUGGCAGUGCAUCUGUUUCGUCGUGAUCCCAACCGAUGGAGACCUAUGAAUACUUUCAUGGUCUCUAUUGCCACUGCCAGUUUCAUCAUUGGCAUCCUCAUUCCGUUCCAGCCUGGGUACUUCAUCAGCACCUACACUCCCCUAAAGAAUGCCCUGAAACCAUGCACGGUAUUGAAGUGGUUAGACAUGCUGUUUCUAACGGCUUCUGGGAACAAAGUCCUGUGCAUGACGGCAAUCGCAGCCGAGAGAUACCGAAGUGUAGUCAACGUGCGGCGUAUUGAGAGUGGUCCCAAGACCAAGACGGCCAUCGGCGUUGUGGCUGCCGCAUGGAUCAUUAACAUCGCCUAUAACCUCGCCAGUUACGCAUCUCUCAGCCUCGGAGAAAUGCGAGUGAAUUUGUAUAAUUCCAGCCUCAAUCAUGUUGCGUUGGACUUGAACUCGAGGGGAGAGAGGGUUGGAGAAGACCAAUCUCAUUUCAUCACCUUCUGUUACUUCUCAUUGAACGAUGGGAAUGCCCUGAUCGCAGUCGUGCAUUCCUUGUCUUUCGUCUUGUUUUUCGUCCUGCCGUUGUUCUGCAUGGCUCUGCUGUACCUUCUGACGGCCAUUCACUUGCAUCGUCUUUCGAUGACGGUAAAUUCCAAGCGGCUCCUCGACGCACGGUGGUGCACCAUCAAAGCUCUCAUUACCAUCAUUGUCGUGUUCAUCAUUGUCUGGCUUCCAGCGCAUAUCUUCAAUAUGCUCUCCUCUUCCGUGGAAAGGAACAUCGUAGACGCACAUCGUAUGUCGCUAGUGAAUUUCAAGUGGCGGGUUCUCCAUGACGUCUGCCUCGGAUUCCUCUUCUCUGAGUCCUGGAUAUACGUCGUCGUCUACGCUCUCUUUGUGGACAAAUUUACGCAAAGGAUCGUGGAUCUAUGUCGGAAGAAAGUGCAGCGUCGGUUUUCUAAAGCCUUGCAUGCACCAUCUCGAGCAGGAAGCGACUUGAAUUCGUUUUCGAGGCUCUACUCCAAUGCUGAGCGCGCCGAGAAUAUCCCUCCGGCUGAAUCGCACCAUGAUUCGGGAGAGAAACAGAACCAGAACAAGCAGGCAACAAUUGAUUGGGUCCCAGAAACAUCGCAACCCAUGUCUCCAGGAUGAGAAGACAGAAAAUUAGUUUAAAUGAAGUGUGGAAAAGCCGCGUGCUAUGUGAAUUGUUCAGUUAUUUUUCUCUCACUACACAACGCAAGGAAGUUUUUGUGAAGAAAUAGUGCUUAUAUGUUGAUACAGGAACUUAUGAGAGGUAACAGAGAUAAGGUAAAUUCUUAUCUCAGUGGCUUGAAGGGUAUUCAGAGGGUUGACUGCUCGACUCGGACGCUAUACAAUGAGAACGCAUUGAGGCGGGGGAAGUAAAAUAGUAUUGUGCAGCCUUGGACUUCCAACAAGAAAUAUUUCGUUACCUGUCAUUUAUUGCAAACAACCUCUUAGAAUUAGUCAAGAUUCAGUCAUUCUGGACAGAAUUUUUCGGAAAAACGUAGUUUAGAGCGUUCUUGGUCGCUACAACUCAGAACUAACGUGUAUCCCACACCCAAAAAAAAGUAUGACUGGAAACAGCUAGGGCAACUAGUGCAGGUCUUACAUUUGCAGGAUUUUUCCUGCCGGAAAUUUUCCCAUUUAAAUAACCUAACUUCCGAUGGUAAGCAGGAAAUGCAGUACCUGAAAACUGUUGCAUUGGUCGGAUGCAAUUACAUUGCAAUAAACAGACAAUUUUUUUGCGGAAUACGGGCUUUGUGCUUAGGUUUGAAAAUAGAAGCAUCCUUUGUUGAAAUUUUAAGCAGAAAUGGACAACGUUGCCACUAAAACCAACGUUGCCGUGAAAACUUCAUGAUGCACCCAAGAAAGUGAGGGGAAUUCUUCAUGGAACAAGUUGCUACAUUACCAGAGGGUAUGUAAACUCUAUGAUCCAUCCAGGAAGGCGAGGGGAGUUGAUUCAUGGAAGAAUUAUGGAGCUUCCGUUGAGAGGUAUUCGUAGGUCUGAAUUUACUUUCAAGUUGCUGUACUCGUCAGUCGUAUGAAGCAUGCUUCUUCUACAGAUCCGAUUUCCUUUAACGGCCGACUGGAAUGAGUUGAAAUCCCAACAAUUGUUUUUUUUUUAAAUUAUCAUUAACAUGUUUUCAGGUUUUUCACAUAGAUAUGCACGCCCAUCAUUAAUCUGGGAAAUCAUGGAACGCUCGGAGUAAUUCCGGAAUCAAGUUACAGAACUUGUAAAUCAUAUUACUAAAAUCUCUGACAGUACUAAUUUUAUCUAACCCUGCCAUGAAUGAAACUGUUUCCAAAUUAUCCCCAUCCGUGACUUUCAAUUGGCAGCAGUGAUGUACGAGUAAUGUAGUACAAGGCACUUGUGCUUAUUAGAGGUGAAAUGUAAGAGUGACGUCCAACAUUAUCCAGGAUGUCAGGAUGUAGUCUCUCAUGCUGGAAUUUUCUUUCCACAAGGCAAAAGUUCUUGCAAAGAAAGUUCCCUACAGGAUAAAGCCGAGUCUCCAUAGGAAUUUUCCCCCCAGCAAGAUAUGUAUUUCUACAGUUUUCUACCUAAAAUUCAUCCAACCAGCCUUGCAGCUAGAAUUUUUUCUUGGGCAGUUUCCGCUUUUGAACUAUUAAAAAUGUUAGCCUUCAGUUGGGCCUUUGGGCUAGCAGUUAUCCCCGGAGCAAGGAAUGGUUGCCUUUCUGCAUUCCCAAACAGAAAAUUUCAGACGUGCGAGAAAGCAUGCUUUAGUUUUAUAUUCAUCCCAGGAGGAACCGUCAUCACUCGU